UUCACUUCUCUAUUCACCAAGAGCGACAACCUGCGAGAUGAACUUCGGGGAAUAAGAGGGUUUUUUUGUGCCCUCCUUGGAUUCUUUUAUGACAACUGAACGAUGAGAGAGCAGAACAAAUCCCAAAGGUGAACCAUGGCGCUGCAUAACAGACCUGCUUUGAAAGUGGUUGAAGACUCUGAUCUGGAGGGCUGGGAGGUGAUCGGAUCUGGAGGAUUCGGACAGGUCUACAAAGCCAAACACCUGCGGUGGUGCUUCGAUGUGGCCAUUAAGCUGCUUCAUUACGACGAUGGCACAAGCCAGGAUCUGCUGCGUGAAUUGGACAUGAUGCAUCAAGGGUCCAACCGCCACGUCCUUCAAGUCAUGGGGAUUUUUAAAGGUCAACCACCUUCUUCAGGGUCGUCAAUUCAGCUGGGACUGGUCAUGGAUUUCAUGGAGCGAGGAUCAUUGGCUAACCUCCUGCAAACUUUUCAAGGACCCCCGCCCUGGCCACUGGCUUUCAGACUGACUCACCAGGUUGCUCUGGGUAUCAACUUCCUCCACAGUCUCUCCCCUCCUGUGCUGCACUUGGACCUGAAGCCCAGUAAUGUGCUGCUGGACUCGGAUUUAAAUGCCAAGCUUACAGAUUUUGGCCUCGCCAGGUUUUCCAGCAGCAUCACUCGAACUUCCAAGAAGGACAGCGAAGAUCCAGGCGGGACCAUGAGAUACAUGCCUCCAGAGGCGUUCGACACCUCAUACAAGCCCACACGGGCCUCUGACAUCUAUAGCUUUGGUAUACUGCUGUGGUCCAUUGCGACAGGAAAAAAACCAUAUCCAAACGCCAUGUCCGCGAUAGUGCCCAUCCGCAUCCCCAUGGGAGACCGUCCUUCUCUGGACGACAUCAGGUGUACGGAUGCCGGAGUGGCGGGACUGACGAGACUCAUCGAUCUCAUGCAGGAGUGUUGGCGCUCAAAUCCCCAACAAAGGCCUUCCUCCCGCAAAUGCACAACCGUGAUGGAAGAACUGUUCAAGAUGCACAAACCCGCAAUCCACGACGCCGUCCACCAAGUCCUGCAGAGACUGGACCAAAAUGAACAAGAAAGAAUUACGCAUGGGAUGACAAAGCUCUCCGUUACUGAGACUUCAGCAGAACCAGUCAGAGCUGCAGCGCCAAGCAUUUGUGACAGUGUACGGACGGGACCGCCGCCGGUUCAGGAAAUAGCCGGUGCUUGGCCAGUAAGUCAAGGAGACAAUGCAGCAGUCAGAGCUCCGUCUCCUGGUUGGGCUACAAAUCGGUGUGAUGUUGAUCAGGCCCGCCGAGCAGCAGACCUUAAAAUGAAGUCGUCCUCUGUAGAACCCACUCAACCCGCUCAUUUGACAUCCUGCGGCAAAGCAACACAUCUGUGUCAGCGUCAGUUUUCCAGCCCCGACUCUUUCAACAUUCACUGCUCCACUGUGACUGGACUGCAGAAAGGACACAACAACACGAUGCACAUCAUCUUCUCCGAGAGAAGGAGGCACCCAACGGCGCCAUCUACUGUUAACUCCUCACAACAACGCACAAGUGCAGCUCAUCCAUAGACUCCCAGAACUGUUCUUUUUUUUUUAUGCUCUUUUUCAACUAAAACAGGAUAUUUGGUUUAGCUUUGUUUGUUAGUUAUUUAUUUCUUGUAGCAUAAAUGCAUUAAUGCAGCUUUUUGUAGCUUUUCAUUAUCUUUUUUUUUCUUUUUUUUUUUUUUACUACUACUCUAAUUCAUUUAGCUUCUUUUGUUUGGAAUUGGUUUUAGCAGCAGGCAAAAACUCCAGGUCAGCAUUUUGCACAGUCACCAUUAAAUACAAGCCAAGGUGGCUGCUGUUUUUUGGGGGUUUUUUUUAUUUCACCAACUGUGGUCAGAAAAUAUCUACCAUCAGAGAGCCAACAUGCCUCAGGACGCCAGAACUUGCCAUCACAACCAUCUGACUAUAAUUAGAAGAAGUGAACGCUUUUCAGGAAUGUGUUUUUAAGAAAGGUGUAGAAGCUGAGUUUUUCAGUUUUUUAUGGGGGUUUUUAGCAGGUCAUUAGUUUCACUGACAGAAAACUAUUUUAUAUUCUAUUUUUGCAACAAGAUGUUUUAAAGAUAUGGUACAUAUAAAUAUAAAUUAAAGGUACAAAUGCUGUUUUUUUUUUUGUACACUGCACUGUUUUUUGCUUUAUUUUGUACAGGCUUUGGAAUCAGGUGUCUUAAUAAAACAGUGAAUGACAAGCUUUAAGGAUUUUUAACAAUGUGCUUUACGUGAAAAGUUGGAAUUUAAAACGUUUAAAUUCGAGUGCUGUAACUUCAAUGAAGUGUUGCAGCAGGUGAGUGUAAAGUACUUCCGUGGCAUUGUCUGUUAAAAAGAUGAUUUGGUGCGGGUGUGCUGAUGUGGGUUCUUGCUGUGUUACAUUUGGUGAAGGAAGGCAAACGUAUUAAAAAUCCACAAAAAUGCCUCAUGACCUUUUCAUUCCAACUUGGAAAUUGAGAGUUGGGCAGCCAACCACGCAAUCCAAUAUGGCUGCUGCAUGAAUAUAGUACUGUGAUAACAAGAGAUAUAAUCAAUUUAUUUGCCCUUCAGUAAAUACACAGAUUAUGAAGCAUAUUAUAUGGUGUACUUUGACAAGGAGCUGGUAAUUGUUCUGGUGCCGUAUGUCCGGUAAUUUACAAUUGUUAUUAAUGUAAUUAUCAUGGGUCAGUAAAUUUUCUUGUCCUGCUA